AUGAAGUUCAGCACUGUCAACAUCGCCAGUGCGGCUCUGCUGGCUACCCAGGCCCAGGGUGCCAUCGUCUGGGACGGCCGUUUCAACGACAUGACGACCUCCAGCGACCUCGACAAGUGGUCCUGGAGCAACCAGGUCGGCGCCUACCAGUACUACAUCCACGGCUCCGGCGCCACCACCGACUACGUCAACCUCUCCGAGGACUUCAAGAACCCCGCCGACACCGGCUCCAAGCAGGGCGCCAAGAUCUCCCUGACCAGCACCUCCUUCUGGAACGGCCAGACCAUGCGCCGCACCGAGCUCAUCCCCCAGACCAAGGAGGCCAUCGGCUCCGGCAAGAAGUACUACCACUUCAGCCUCAAGCGCAGCGACACCAACGCCCCUUCCCUGAGCAAGGAGCACCAGAUCGCCUUCUUCGAGAGCCACUUCGUCGAGCUCAAGUCCGGCUGGCAGAGCGGCGCCUCCGGCACCGAGGACCCCCUCCUCCGCUGGGUCGUCGGCGGCACCACCCAGUGGAACGUCACCUGGGAGGCUGACGUCUGGCACAACGUCGCCUACGAGAUCGACUUUGACGGCGGCUCCGUCGGCUUCUGGCACUCCACCGGCUCCGACGCCCUGAAGCAGAUCGUCGCCCCCGUCAAGGCCUCCGCCUCCAGCAACGGCGCCGACUGGCACGUCGGUGUCCUCGAGCUCCCCCGCGACGGCUACCCCGAUGAGACCGAGGACUUCUACUUCUCCGGCGUCUACAUCGAGGACGGCGACAUCACCACCGCCGUCGGCUCCGGAUCUUCAGACUCCGGCUCCGCUGCCCCUGCCUCCUCCGCCGCUCCCGCUGCCACCUCUGCCCCUGCUGCCACCUCUGCUCCCGCCGCCGCUGCCCCCACCUCCAGCGCUGCUGCCACCUCCUCUGCCGCCCCCGCCGCCUCUGAGCCCGCCAGCUCUGCCCCGGCCGCCACCCCCGUCUCUUCCGCUGCCCCCGUUGUCUCCGAGGAGCCCUCUGCUCCCGCUGCCACCACCCCGGCUGCCGCGACAACCAGCUCUGCCCCCGCCGCCUCGGCCUCUGCUAAGCCCGCUUGCCGUCGCCGCCGCCGCCGCAGCACCAAGCAGCAGCGCCAGUAA